AUGCUAUGUAAAAAUAAGACAGUAUAAAAUUUUUUAAAUUUAUAUAUAAAAUACAAUAUUAUAUGAAAUAACUUGAUAUUUUUUAUAGCUCAUAUUGGUAGCAUUAUGACCGGCAACAAAAUGGCGAUCUAUCUUGCUGAAGAAGUACAGUUGAAGAAAAGUUCGAUGUUAAUAUUAGGCUUUUGUGCGUGACAUGUAAAUAAUAAACGGAAUUGUGUUUAUAUAAUAUUAAAGGAACUGUUUUGACCUUUAAAGAAUAGUAUACAUUGAAUAUUCCAUGAGUUUUCGGCGAUACGUUUCUGACAGCAUGUCUGCAAUGGCCGAUGAUUCCACUUCUCUGCCAAAAAGGCGUCAAUUGCGGGAAAGAACCCGAAAAUUAUAUACAGAUGAUUGGACAAUAGGCGAUGAAGAAAUUGAGGGUCGUAGGACUUUUCAACUUGAUGAAAAAAUCGAAUGUGACAGAUACAAUCUUAGUAAUUUCACCGGUUUAUUCCGUGAAAUGGCUGGUCCGGAACUAAAUUUAGCAUAUUUGCAAAAACAUGGUCUUAGCAUACCAUUACUCUUUAGAGAUAAAUCUGGAUUGGGAUUAAGAGUUCCCAGUUCAAAUUUUACUGUAAAUGAUGUCAGAACUUGCGUUGGUUCUAAAAGAACAUUAGAUGUAAUGGAUGUUAAUACACAAAAGAAUGAAGAUAUGACAAUGAAAGAAUGGCAAAAGUAUUAUGAAGAUCCUAACAAAGAACGGCUGCUGAAUGUAAUUUCACUAGAGUUUAGCCAUACCAAGUUAGAGAAUUAUGUACAAUCACCUGAAUUAGUACGAUUGGUUGAUUGGGUAGAUGUUGUAUGGCCAAGACAUUUAAAAGAGGCACAAGUAGAAUCCACAAAUUUAUUAGAAGAUAUGAUGUAUCCAAAAGUGCAAAAAUAUUGUCUCAUGUCUGUAAAAGGUUGUUAUACAGACUUCCAUGUAGAUUUUGGUGGAACCAGUGUCUGGUAUCACAUUUUGAGAGGUGGAAAGAUAUUUUGGCUUAUUCCUCCUACUGAAAAAAACUUGUCACUUUACCAAGAAUGGGUAUUAAGUGGUAAACAAUCUGAUGUGUUCUUUGGAGAUAUGGUUGAUAGAUGUGGUAGGAUAACUUUAACUGCUGGCAUGACUUUGUUUAUUCCAACUGGAUGGAUUCAUGCUGUGUAUACUCCUCAAGAUUCUUUAGUAUUUGGAGGAAACUUUUUACACAGUUUUGGUAUUGAAAAGCAAUUAAAAGUUGCACAAGUAGAAGAACAUACUAAAGUACCACAAAAAUUCAGAUAUCCAUUUUUUACUGAAAUGUAUGUUUUGGAGAGAUAUGUUCAUGUUCUUCUAGGCAGAAGUCAUUUGGAUAUUUCUGAAUCACAACGUCAACAUUCAGUGCCACAACACCACCAACAUAUACAUCUAACUCCAUUUGAAUUGCAUGGUUUAAAAGCAAUAGUUAUGUAUUUACAUUCACUACCUUCUACUAAAAAGAAUGUGCCUGAGCUAAUUCGUGAUCCCGUUGCCUUAAUUCAUGAUGUUCGAUGUCUAGUUGAACAACACCGACAUGAUAAUCCAGAAGCAGCUGUAACAGGAAAUCCUGUUUUACCACCUCCACCAUCUUUAACAAUUGCUGAUAGAGAACGUUUAAGGAUAACUAAGAAAAGUUUUACAAAGAUUCAAAGACAUCACUCGCAAGAAAAAUCCGAAAGACCUUUUCCACGACGCAGACGUACUAGGUGUAAGAAGUGUGAAGCAUGUACAAGAACUGAUUGUGGAGAAUGUAUCUACUGUCACGAUAUGGUGAAAUUUGGUGGAAGUGGUCGUGCCAAACAAACCUGUUUAAUGAGACAAUGUUUAAGGCCUAUGCUUCCAGUUACUGCAGCUUGUAAAGUUUGUGGAUUAGACGGCUGGGGUCAAUCGCCUGGACCAUUAAUGGGGAAGCCAAUACCUACAGCUCCUUCGAGUUUAGUAGAGUGCUCAAUAUGCUUCGAUAUCGUGCAUCCCGAGUGCAUAGGUUUGGAUUCCCAAACCAUUACUGUUAGCGAUGAUUUACCGAAUAGUUGGGAAUGUCCCAAAUGUUGUGAAAGCGGUCGAAAUCUAGAUUGUAGACCACGACAACUUAAGGCUCGUGCUCGAAAACUUUCCGUAUCUAGUGCAGCUUCAUCAGCACCCACAACAGAUUCUGAAAGAGACGCCACACCAAGUAAACGUUCAAGAUCCAAUCCCAGCGAUGCAUGGAAUGACAGAGAACCGGCUGAGGGUGAACAGCGAACAGCUUUGCGUACACAAUUAGCUGUACAAUUAACUGGUUCAAGUAGUAAGUCAUUGAAGAGGCCCCACGUGGUGGUUAGGCCUGUUCCACUUUCACCUGUUCAAAAACCAGGGCCCGAUUUUAAUGGACAAUCUUUAGCAUAUGACAAGACAGCAUUACUUGCUAUUUUUAGAUUUUUAAAUGCAAAGGACCUGGCGAAUUGUGCCUUGGUUUGCCGUACAUGGGCCAGAUAUAGCAUAGAUCCUAGUUUGUGGAGAAAAUUGGAUAUGUCUCAUUCCCAUCUAACAGCAUUACAUUUAACUGGUAUAAUCCGCCGCCAACCGGAAAAUCUGUCCCUUGACUGGACAAAUGUUACUAAAAGACAAUUAGCUUGGCUAUUAAGUAGAUUACCACAACUUAGAACAUUGUCUCUAAAAGGUUGUACAUGGACUGGAGUUUGUGCUUUAAGAUCUUGCACUUGUCCACCACUUGUUACCUUAGAUCUAAGUCAUGUAUCUGGACUAAAUGAUUCAAGUUUAAGAGAAGUUCUCAGUCCACCUACAGAUUCUAGACCUGGUCUAAUUGAUAAAACUUCAAGAUUAAAACAUCUUAAAAAUUUAUCUUUGGCUGGAUGUGAUAUAACUGAUGUAGCUUUGAGAUAUAUAGUUCAACAUUUACCCUAUCUCGAGACAUUAGAUCUUUCUUCUUGUGGUCGAGUUACUGAUGCUGGUGUUGCUCAAUUAGCAACUUCGCCAGCGCAAGCAGUAAUGAACUUAGCAUCACUGAAUUUGGCAAAUUGUAGAUUACUUACGGAAGCAACGUUAGAUCAUUUGGCAAGAUGUAAAGUGCUUAAACGUUUAGAUCUCAGACAUACAACUCAAGUCUCAACUCAGUCUGUAAUUAAGUUUGCAGCAAAAAGUAUUCAUAAUUUACACGUAACUGACGUUAAGUUGGUAGAAGAGAAAAAAAUUAUAGAAGCUAAAGUUACAUGAAAAAAUGUAUUUCGUCUUUUUUCUUUUCUUUUUCUUUUUCUUUUUUUUUUUAUUAUUAUUAUUAAGUAGAUUUUUUGCAAAUGUAA